AUGAUCAAAUCUACACUUAUAUUUAGAAAUGACGGUUUACCCUUGUCAGGAUCUGUUGAUGAUGACACUGAUCCAAGCUUGACUGAACAAAAGAAGAAAGUCAAACUAAUCAUUUCAAGGAUAACACCAAAUUCGGAAACUCGUGCUUCAAUUGAAAGUGAUAAUUAUCAAAUCCAUUAUCUAAUGUUAGACUCAAUCAUAUAUUUCGCAAUUUGUGAAAAAUCAUAUCCAAGAAAACUUGCAUUUUCAUAUUUAGCUGAAAUUUCAAAUGAAUUUUCACAAUCCCAUGGUGCUGAUAGUUUAAGGUCAGAUACAAGACCGUAUGCAUUCGUUUCAUUUGAUAAUUAUAUGAAGAAAACCAAGAAAAUCUAUCAAGAUCAAAGAGCUCAAUCCAAUCUAGAUAAAUUAAACAGUGAUUUAGCUGAUGUUAAAGCUGUCAUGAGUAAAAAUAUAGAAGAUUUAUUAUACCGUGGUGAUAGUUUAGAUAAAAUGUCUGAUAUUUCUUCAUCUAUAAGACUUGAGUCUAAGAAAUAUAGAAAAGCUGCACACAAGAUCAAUUUUGAUCUUUUAAUACAACAAUAUGCACCAAUUGUUGGGGUUGGGUUAUUCAUUGUCUUUUUAGUCUAUUGGAUCUUUUUAAGAGGUUGA